AUGAACGGCCACGCCAGCGGGCCCGCAGAGCACCGCUUCGACGUGAUUAUCGUCGGCGCCGGCAUCUCCGGUAUCAAUGCCGCCUAUCGCCUACAGAAGCAGCUGCCCGGGUUUAGCUAUGCGAUCCUGGAAGCCCGCUCGAGUCUGGGCGGUACCUGGGACCUGUUCCGCUAUCCUGGGAUCCGCUCCGACUCCGACUUGUACACGUUCGGCUUUGCCUUCAACCCCUGGCGCCGCAACAACCCCAUCGUCGAAGGGGCUGACCUCAGGUCCUACAUCGGCGAGACGGCCGAGAAGUUCGGGAUCGACAAGCAGAUCCGCUACCGCCACCGUCUGCAGUCUGCGGACUGGUCCUCUACGGACCACGUCUGGUCCCUGGCCGUUGACGCGGAUGGCCAGCCUACCACGUUCACCGCCCGCUUCGUCAUCUUCGGAACCGGCUACUACAAUUAUCAACAACCAUUGCAGGCCAACAUCCCGGGGCUUGAGAAUUUCCAGGGCCAGAUCAUUCACCCUCAAUUCUGGCCGGAGGACCUCAAUUAUGCCAACAAGAAGAUCAUCAUCAUCGGUUCCGGAGCCACCGCCGUGACGCUUGUCCCCAAUCUCGCUCCCAAGGCCGCGCGCGUCACCAUGCUGCAGCGGAGCCCGACCUACAUUAUGUCGCUCCCCAACCGCAGUUCCAGUCGCUGGAUGGCCUACCUGCUCCCCUCCGCCACCUUCGAGCGUGUCCAGCGCGCCAUCUAUAUCAUCGCCACCCGCAUUUUCUUCCUCUUCUGCCAGCGCUUCCCCAAUUUCUCUCGCUGGAUCAUCAGGAGGAACGUCUCGCGCCAACUGCCCGCCCACAUCCCCCACGACCCGCAUUUCAAUCCCCGCUACAACCCUUGGGAUCAGCGGUUCUGCGUCUCUCCCGAUGGGGACUUCUUCAAGAGUCUGCGCUCUGGCAAGGCCGACGUGCGAACCGAUACCAUCAAGACAGUCACCAAGCACGGGAUCAACUUGAAUUCUGGCGAGUCCCUCGACGCCGACAUCAUUGUCACUGCCACUGGUCUGCAACUGCAGAUUGCCGGCGGGACCCCGCUGUCCGUCGACGGCCAGAAGGUCGAUGUCGGUUCUAAGUACCUGUGGAACGGCGUGAUGAUGCAGGAUCUGCCGAAUGCCUCGUUCGUCAUCGGCUAUACCAACGCUUCCUGGACCCUCGGCGCCGAUGCCACCGCCCACUUCAUCAUGCGCCUCCUCAGGACCCUCGAGUCCCGCAAGCUGAUUGCCGCUAUUCCCCGGAUGAAGCCAGAAGUGGCCCAGGUGGUCCAGGACCGCCCGCUCCUCAAUCUCAACUCCACCUAUGUUACGGUUGCGCAGCAGUCACUGCCCAAGGCUGGCGAUCGGGGCCCCUGGAAGCCUCGCGACCAUUACCACAAGGACAUCAAAUUUGCACUGAAGGGCAAUUUGGAUGAGGAAAUGGAGUUUGUCCAAGGGCCCAACAUCCAUCUCCGCCCCAAACUGUCAUGA